ACCGAAAUAAAGGCCGCCUGUGACGUCACCGACGAGGGGAGGACAUAUCGCGAGAGUUCGGGUGGUGGCUUCGGCACAUUUCACAGCUCUCAAAACAGGCAGGCGACACAAAGACGGGUAGGAAGACUUGAGCGUUAAACAUUUCACGCUUUCUACCGUCUAGCUGCACGUUACGUUUCUAGGGUUGCAUUGAUCGAAGAACAUUCACGCCGCUAGCGUUAGCUGUCUGUGGCUAACGGGCGUUUUUCCCCACGGGCUAAUGCUAACGUUAGCUCUGGCGACGCUCCCUUGAAUUUCUUCUCUUUUCCACUAUUGUGCAUUUGAAGGCGGAAGCUCAGACUUACUUGUCCGCGGCUUAAGUGCCGCGGCGACCUCGAGCGGGCGCCUCGCUCGCCCGCUUAAGGUCAACGCAUCGGAGCUGUUCGCACUUCUGCUAAACAAUCGCUAGCACGUCUGCUUGCACGUUCGAACGCGUCGACCGACCGCAAGUCGCCUUGCUGCGCAUCCGGCGCGCUUUGGAUCGAUCGAUCCAUCGUCUCCCGUUGAUUCUCGACGACCAAGACGUUCUCGCUUUGUACCGAAGCGGCUCCCUGAGCGCGUGCCCCUCCCCUCCUUUCCUCCUCCCUUGCUUCGGUUGUCUGCGGAGGAUGUUUGUACGCCCGUUGCCGUCCCCAUGCUCACGCUCGCGUUGCCGCGGCCGGCCCGGGGGCGGCCGCGAGUGCGGGCACGAGCGAAGAGCACAACGUCUGCUUGUCCUUCACUGUCUUUCAGGGCUCCGCUCGCCUCAUUGCUCCAGACUUGACUUGGCGCCGGACGCCUCUUGAACUUGUUCUCGUCGUCUUUGACCUGCGAUGGAGGGCCCUCCGAAAGGCUUCGCGGCUGGACGGGGCCACCUGGCCGCCACGGCCGCGGCCCUCGAGUCCUUAAGCUUCGGCAUGAACGAGCGGCGGCCCGUGCGCCCUAUGGGGGGCGGCGGCGGCGUUGUGGGGAUGGGCGGCGACCGCGAAGGAGAAGGCGCCGACGACCGGGAGGGCGGCGCGCUCAUGCCCCGCGGCGGCCAUCUUGGCGGCACAAUGAAGCUUUUCGCCAGCUUGGGGCUGUCCCCCUCCGAUCUGGACGUUCUGGCUCAGAUCCCCGAGGAGGACAUCAGCGUGGAGACGCUCCCGCAAAUCCUCCUGCAGCUCAAGAAGCGCAAGGCGGGCCGGGGGCCCUCCUCCGGCUGGGACGACGGGGGCAGGAUGGGCGGCGGCGGCGGCCCCUCUUUCUCUCAGGCUUCGGGCUCGUCGGACUUUGGCUUCGCUUCCGCCGGCCGCGCCGCCGCGGGCUUGAAUUUCGGCGGGGGCCGGGAGAGGUCGUACGGGGAGCUUUCGCACCGCGAUUCCUACGGCGCUCCGCAGGGGGGGUCGCUGUCCCAGGCCGCCUUCCCGCAGCGCAGGCAGGGCUCCCCGUCGCUAGGAAAAGUGCAAGAUUUCUUGGGAGCCCCGCCCCCCCGCUUCCCACACGUGUGCUCUCUUUGUGACUUUGAUGUACAUUCCAACUUGGAGUGGAGCCAACACACAAACGGACUUCGACAUGCUGAGAACAGGCGUGUGCUCGUCACCAUGUACCCCGAGUGGGAUAUCGGCGGGGUUCCCGGCAGAAGCGGCAUCAUGGAGUCCACCAACCUGUCAGCGGGGCUGCUGGGUCCCGCCCCCUCGGGGCCCGCCCCGCCGCCCAGGAUGCCGUCCGGUUGGGGGUCGGGAGCCGGUUUGGGUCUCGGCAUGUCCAGGCAGAACCACUCGGAAGCCAACGUGUUGAGGAGCAGGGUGGUGGUGGUCAAAUACGACAGGAAGCCACUCAGCGUCAAGACGCUGUUCUCCUUCGCCGAACCUUUCGGGCAUCUGCAGGAGCACCUGGUCCUCAAGACCAAGGCCUUCCUGGAGAUGGAGACGCACGAGGAGGCGAUGGACAUGGUCAACUACUACCAGCAGAACCCGGCCACGCUCUACGGGAAAUCCAUCACCUUCUACCUGUCCAGGCGGCUGAUUGUCAUCCAGAAGGAGGAGCGGUCGUCGGACCGAGCGUCCUGGGACGGCCCGCGUCGCAGCAGCCAGGUGGUCUUCUUCUCCAACUUACCCCGGGAGGAAGACAAGAAGAAGGAGCUGCUGACGGUCGCCGCUCGCUUCGGCGUCGUGGAGAAGCAUCUCUUUUUGACGGACCAGGCCUUCAUCCAGCUGGGGAGGCCCGAGGACGCCGAGAUGAUGGUCAAGUACCACACGCUGAAUCCGCUCAGCAUCAAAGGACGAGCCGUGCGCCUCAACAUCUGCACAAAGUACAAGACCCUCAACAUCAACCGCAGACAGAAGGAAGCGGGCGGAGGGAGCGCUUGGACGCCCGCAACCAAGAGGAGGAUGUCCCGAUCCCGCUCGCCUUCCGGGAGCCGGGACGGGGAGGGCGGAGCCAAAUCGGCUUCGGAGGGCGAGGAGGCGGCGGACGACGAGGGAGUGGCGGGAGUGCGGGAGGCGGAGGAGGGUGGGAGCGCCGCCGGUGCGGAGCAGGACGACGAACCCGGCGAGCCGCCCGGGGGAGGGCGGGACGGCGCACAGCAGGAGGCUCGCGAUGAUCACGGGGAUGGCGGCGCCGAGGAUGGCGACGCCAAGGAUGGCGGCGCGGACGAGACGCCCGCCGACGUGGGCGGUGCCGGGCGGCGGGGGCCGGAGGAGGAGUCAGAGGAGCGGCCGACUGAAGCGGCCAGCGGCGUUGAGCGGGCAAUGGCGGAGGGCGAUGACUUCCUGGAGAACAUGGAGGACUUUGUGACACUGGACGAGCUCCCAGAGGAGGACGAGAAGAAGGACGCGUCGGACGAAGGACCGGCGGACGGCAUCGACACAUCCAGGAAGGGGGGGCUGCGGGUGGUCAACGUGCUGGGCUUCAGGCGAGGCUACAAAUUCCUGGACGAGCUGCUGGGACUGGCCACGCCCUUCGGGAAGGUGGUGAAGCAUCUGGUCCUGGACUGGAGGCCCGAGGCCUUCCUCCAGUUCGGCACGGAGGAGGAGGCGCGGGCCAUGGUCAAGUUCUACAACGGCAACGUCACGCCGUCGGUGUGCGGCCGCCCGGUGAGGGUCAACCACUCUUUGACCUACCCGACCAUCCAGUGCGGCGCCAGCAGGGUGGUGUACGUCGGCCAGCUGCCCAACGGCACCUUCCAGGACGAGGACGUCCUCAAAUUGGCCGAGCCCUUCGGCAAAGUCAAAAAGUACUUCCUCAACCCCAUCAAGAGGGAGUGUUUCCUGGAGAUGGAGAAGGCCGAGGCGGCGGACCAAAUGGCCCAAGCGUACAAAACCAACCAGGCAAAGUUGAAGGGGCGGCGUCUUCUCAUUUACGUCAGCAGGAAGUACACGCAGCUCAAAUACGGACAUAGCUGUCCCAGCGCCACCAAGAGGGGGCCGAGCGGCUCGUCGCCAAAGUCCUCCAAACCUUGCGACGAACCUCCGGCCAAGAAAAUCAAGGAGAACGAGGCGCGCCCGGAGGAAACGGAGGAGGAGCCAAAAGAAGACGUCAAACGCCAGGAGGAGGAAGAGCGGCCCAAGGCGGCCCAGGAGGAAGAGGAGGAGCCGAGGCCGCAACCGGAAAAAGCCAUCAAAGAGGAGGAGGAGGACCACGACGAGAAGCUUGAAGACGAGCAAAAGAAACCCGAAGAUGCGGAGGAGCGAACGGAAGUGAAGCUUGAAGACGAGCAAAAAACAUGUGAAGACGCGCAGGAGCAAAUGGAAGCAGAAGAGGGCAAGCCGAGCUUGGAUCUGAAGACGGAAGCAGCCCCCCCGGAGAAGAUUCCCGAUGUUCCGGAUGUUCAGCCGACGGAGGAGGAGCCGUCGACCAAUGAGAAGCGAGCCGGCCCCGCCCCGCCCGCCGCCGCGUCUUUGCCGCUGCCGCCGUUUGAACCCGACAGAGCCAUCGGUGUGGAACACAUCAAGAUGGGCUACUACUGCCGCGUCUGUCUCCUCUUCUACUCCAACGAGGACACGGCCAAGAAGACGCACUGCAGCAGCCGCACGCACUACGACAAGCUGCAGCCGCUCCGCGUUUGCGCUUUCAGAAACAUCUGGAGAAGGAAGCGAGCGCGGCCGAAAAGAAGCCAGCCAAGAAGACCAGCGCCUGACUCGCUCUUUGCGGCAGCCAUUUUGCUUUUUCUUUCCAAGGUGACCCUAAAGAGUAGACGGGGGCGGGGGAACCGCGCCUGGCACGGUAGCCAUCCGUUAGCGAACUUAAGUUAGCUUGUUUCAAGUUUUAAGAAAUAAACGUUUGACGCCCCCA